UCCAGUCUCCCCGGUGCGCAGGCGCGGAGCUUUCUCCUUGUCAGUCGGCGCCGCGUGCAGGCUAGUGGCUCUGUGGCAGCGGCCGCGGCGGCUGAUCAUCCGCACCAUGAGCGGCUUCAGCAGCGAGGAGCGCGCAGCGCCCUUCACCCUCGAGUACCGAGUCUUCCUCAAAAAUGAAAAAGGACAGUAUAUAUCUCCAUUUCAUGAUGUUCCAAUUUAUGCGGAUAAGGACGUGUUCCACAUGGUGGUGGAAGUACCACGCUGGUCUAAUGCAAAGAUGGAGAUAGCUACAAAGGACCCUUUAAACCCAAUUAAACAAGAUGUGAAGAAAGGAAAGCUACGUUACGUGGCGAAUCUGUUCCCGUAUAAAGGGUACAUCUGGAACUACGGCGCCGUCCCUCAGACUUGGGAAGACCCAGGACACAAUGACAAACACACUGGCUGUUGUGGUGACAACGACCCAAUCGAUGUGUGUGAAAUUGGAAGCAAGGUAUGUGCAAGAGGUGAAAUCAUUUCGGUGAAAGUUCUGGGCAUACUGGCUAUGAUCGAUGAAGGAGAAACCGACUGGAAAGUCAUUGCCAUUAAUGUGGAUGACCCUGAUGCAGCCAAUUACAAUGAUAUUAAUGAUGUCAAGCGGCUGAAACCUGGGUACCUGGAAGCUACUGUGGACUGGUUUAGAAGGUACAAGAUUCCUGAUGGAAAACCAGAGAACCAGUUUGCUUUCAAUGCAGAAUUUAAAGAUAAGGAUUUUGCGAUUGAUAUUAUUAAGAGCACUCAUGACCACUGGAGAGCGUUAGUGACGAAGAAGACCGACGGAAAGGGCAUCAGUUGCAUGAAUACCACGGUGUCUGAGAGCCCCUUCAAGUGUGAUCCCGAUGCUGCCAAAGCUAUUGUGGACGCUUUACCACCACCAUGUGAAUCUGCCUGCACGGUACCAACAGAUGUGGAUAAGUGGUUCCAUCACCAGAAAAACUAAGGAAAAUUCUGUGGAAUACAAGCUGAUAUUGCUGCAUCCUAUUCGCCUGGAGUAUUGGAUGCAAAAGUAGUACCUUCUCAAAGCUUUAAAUUCAUAGAGCUCAUCUACUAAAGCGAAUUCUGCUGUGACCAGUAUAUUCAGAAUGUUAGCCAUCUAAAAGCGUUUUUCAUAUCUCAACGAAGAUAACUGUUAGUACAUGCUUCACUCGUAAAGCAGUUGUAAUUUGGAAGUCAUUUGUGAAUACACAUGCAGGAUAACUACAUACUGGAUGUAUAUGUUUACCAUGUGUUAGGAAAUAAAAUUAUUUUGCUGAAACUCCA